AGUUUUUCAGCUCAAGCCCGUGCCGAAUUGUUCGCCAUGCCGCGCGCAUCCAAUCGCCUGUUGGUGUCUGGCCUGCUGGCCCUCGGGGCCUUCACCCUGACCCGCUGCUUCCUGGGGGCGAAUGCGCCCUCCGUGCAUCCGCCGACCGCCAAGCCUCACCACGUGGCGCUGCGGGCCCGCGGCGGCGGAGAGUACGACAUCAGUGAUGCAGACAUCGAGGCCUUCUAUCAAUCCCUGCUGACCGGCAGCGGCGGCGACCCUGCCAAGGGCACCGUGCUCUCGGAGCUCAUUGUGAAGUUCUUCCACGGCGAGUUCACGCCCCAGGGCUUUCAGCGCUACUCUGGCCUGUGGAAGGGCCCUCCUCCUGGCAACAUCGGCAAGAAGGACAUCGCCGUUGGCGUGGAGAAAUUGAAGCAGCAGAUGGCGAACCCCAUGUUCGUGACCAAGGCCGGCGUGGGCUACGGCGUGGAUGAGACGCAGAAGGUGGUGGAUGAUGGCAAGGGCUGGGUCUGGCUGGCGGCCGAGAUGAGCCCUGGAGGCCUCGCCGUGGAGCUCUUCAAGUCGGUGCCCUACGGCAAGCGCGCGCUGCUGGUGGCCAAGCAGAGCAACGUGGAGGAGCUCUUCUCCAAGGUGAACUGGGACACUGCCCUGGCCAACAUCGACAAGACUUUCGGCGGCCCCCAGAUCAAGCAGCGCUGAGCGGCCAAAAUGUUUUUCUCGCGGAAGGCGCCGCGCAGGUGUCAUCCAUUGGUGUGAGAGCAGCCA